AUGGAGUACCUCAGUCAUAAAGUGUAUAUCACUAGCACUAAAGAAAAGCUAAGAGAUUUACACAUAAAUUGCACUCUUUUCUAGGUACUCGAAGUAAUAGUAUUCUGUGUCCUGCUGUACAUCUACAAGAGGAAGGGGGUGAAUCACAUUGUGGUCCUGCUACUUUUAGUCGCUCUGCUGGCUUCGGUAACAGUGAUUUCAGUAAAAGCUGUGGCUGGCAUGAUAACGACGACCUUCAAGGGGGAAAUGCAGCUUACGUACGCCAUCUUCUACGUCAUGGCAGUUGCAAUGGUCGCAUCAUGUGUCUUUCAGGUCAAGUUUUUAAAUCAGGCAAUGCAGCUUUACAAUGCAACUGAAGUGGUGCCAAUUAACUAUGUGUUCUUCACCACCAGCGCUAUCCUUGCAGGAAUAAUUUUUUACCAGGAAUUUCGGGAUGCCUCCUUACUGAAUAUAUUCAUGUUUCUUUUCGGGUGCCUCUUAUCUUUCCUUGGGGUGUUUUUAAUUGCGAGAAACCAGAAGAAGCAUACUUCCCAAGAACCUUAUAUCAACUGUGGAGAAAUACCUGGAAAGGAAACAAUGGAUAAAAUCCAGCCAAAUUCAAACAGCAUUACAUAUGGGGCUCUGCAUGAUUAGCUACUCACACAGCAGCCAAGCAGAGAGAUGAAAGUCAAAGAAAAGAGGUCGUGAAGUAGCAGCGUUUAUUUACUGCGCAAGAUUUUCAGCACUGUGUCGUCUCUGUGUCUCAGAUCAUUUUCUGUAUCGUUUUCAUGUGUUUUAUGCAAGAAAACUUGUUAAGUUUUCUCGAGAACCUUUGAUGUCUUCACAGUUUCAAAACUCAAAUGCUGCACAAUCUCAAGAGUUUGGACUGGUCUUCAUUUGCUAAUGAUAAACUCUGAGCAGUUGCUCUGUAUAAUUACUGUAUAUGCCGUCUCAGGGAGGUGGAAGUUCAGUAGAAGUUUUCAGAUUCGGGUCGUAUUGCUAAGUGUACAGAAGUCAUGUAUGUUUCAAGGUACCUCACGGUAUUGUGCAGAUGUAUUUUUUUUUUUUGCAAACUGUUUUUAUUGGAACUUUUUACCAAUGCGUAAAACAGACUUUUUUUUUUCAGUUGCACACAAGUUGCGUGAAAGUCGCGUGACAGUUACAAAUGAAGCUGUAGUGAUGCGGAGCAAAUUGGUUCUGUUCUAUGUCCGAUGCUGGAAACCAAUCCUUCUAUGGAGCUUUGCAAGAAGGGAUUCCAGCACCUUAAAGGGGUUGUGGUCAUCUUGGACUUUGAUGGCAUAUCGCUGGGUUGGGACAUGCCAUCAAAGUCAGAUAGAUGAGGGCCCCACCUCUAAGACCCACAGCUAUCUCAGGCCCCCGAAAGUGAAGGAGAGCACACCGCAUAUGUGCAGUGUGCUUUCCAUUAAAUUCUAUGGGAGUUCCGAGAAAAGCCGAAAAAGCAUGCUUGGCUAUUUUAGAUAGUCCCAUAGUAAUGAAUGGAGAGCGCACCGGGCAAGCGCAGCCACUGCUCCAUUCACUUCUAUGGGACUGCCGGAAAUAGCCGAGCCAGCGCUCUGUUCUCUUCAGAAUACGUGGCUAUUCUCUGCGCAAUUUCAGGAAUCCAAUCUUGAGAUAGGUGGGACCAGCACCUAUCUGACAUUGGUGGCAUAUCCUAGCGAUAUGCCACCAAUGUCUCCGAUGAGACAACCCCUUUAAGGCUACAUGAACACAAUGCGUAUUAGUGUAAAAUAUCCACAGCAUAAUACGGUACCAGCAAAGUAAAUGAGAUUUUUUAAAUCUCGUAUACACCGUGGGGAAAUUUUCAGUGCAGAAAUAGACAUGGUCCUGUAGUUCAGAUUUUUUUUAAUCUGCAGCACGUAAAUUGCCUCUGUGGAUUUUCAGUUCAGAUUUCACACUUUGCAUUGCAAAGUGUGAGAUGUGGGGAGAAUCCGCAACAAAA